AUGGAUUUAGAAGAGUUUCCAAGGCUGAAUUGGUUUUGGGAAGCACCGGGAGGCAGCGAACCACCCAUCAACUUCAGAGGUUUGCAGCUGAAUGGCAAUGACGGACAAGUGGUGCGAGGAGCAGCAGCGGCAAAUCUCCCUCCCGCUCAUGAUGAUGAUGAGGCGGAAAUAGCACCAGCUCUGAUCGCACCGGCUCCAGCCCUACCCCGCGGUCGAGCGCAGCAUCGUCACGCUGAUGAGGUUGGCGCCCCAGCGGCACCUAACCUCGAGGCGAUUCCUAUCGCCCCAGUCUCUUUUUCAGCCCUAGCCCACGGUCGAGCGCAGCAUCGUCACGUCGAUGAGGUCGACGUUCCAGCGGCACCUGACCCUGAGGCAGUUCCCGUCGCCCCGGCUCCAAUUCCAGCUCCAGCUCGUAAUCGAGCACCACGUCGUCGUGCCAAUCAGAUCAACGUGCCAGCAGCUGCUCCUGACCCGGAGGUGGUACCUGACGUACCUCCAGUAGCAGCUCAUGGUCGAGCGCUGCGUUGCCGCAUUGUUCCUGAUGCUGGCCCCAAUGCCGCGGGCGUGCCUCCAGCUGCUGCCGUAGCUCGCGCUCGAGCACCGCGUCGCUGA